GGAGCGGGCCAACAAAUGUUUAAAACAUGCCUAUAAUUACAAUCUUGCCUUGCCUUGCCUUGCCAACAGUUUUUGCCCCCAUGCCGCGUCUUAUUAUUCCCCUUGCAAUGCCUAACAGCCGUAUUUAAGUAUCUGAAGCCCCUAUUUCUCUGAACUCUGCAGGCUUCUAGGAUAAUACGUACACGACGUAUUCUUGCCGAGAAAUUUGAACCGAUCAGGUGUUCCUCUUUAACCCAAGCAGAACUCGCACUACCCCCCAAAUCACGAUCAACACUUUUCAAUGGAAGUUUCCAAUGCCGACCCUCCCUCGACCGAGGCCGCCGCCGCCGCCAACGCCUCGGAUCUUGACAGUCCUGUCCGGGUAUUGGUCCAGACCCAAACGCACCUCGUCCCCGGCGACAAAACUACCCAUUUCGGGGAGAGAUACGACGCAAUGGUCAGCCUGAUCUGCCAGCACGUAUGGCAGCGCGAGUACGACCAAUUUCGCGAGCGCGACUGGAGCUACCACUGCCACUUUGCCGUGGACAACGUCGAGUGUUGGUUCCUUAUCGACCACCACGGCCCGGACCCGACUCCGCCGCCGGACCCGCCGCUUAUAUGGUAUCGAUGGACCGGAACAAAAUUUAUGAUAGUCCACGGCCGGCCCCCUAGUGGCGUGCGUCGUGAGCUCCAGUAUUAUCCAUUCGAACGGGUUGCACACUAUAUCCUUACAGAGGAGUACCCUAGACGACGAACUCCAAGGGUUUACAAAUCCCGCGACGAGGAAAUACGUGUGAAGCGCCAUAUGCUCCGCCAUACUUUGCUCAGUAACCUCUGCUUGACCGAGGAGCUUCUACGAUUUGUAAAAGAUUUUCCUGACGCGGCAGAAAGGGUGAAGGCACGGGUUCCACCGGAGGCUUGGGCGAGGCUCGAGGAUCCUUCGGAGUUCGUGAUGCCACUCGAGCCGGACGAGGGCCAUACCUGGGCUGAGUCCUCAGACCGGGUUGAAUGUCCGGAGAGUUAGACGGGACUCCAGUACACACACAAUCAUAUUUUCGAUGUGUUCAUCAUGGGCUGGCCCCAUUGGGUGCCCUAGCAGGUAGACUUGGAACUCGGAAAUCCCGCUGUCGGUACUGUGGAGGAAUCCUCCUUUAGCUGGUCUAAAACAUGAAACGGUGUGCCCUAGCACCUUGGAAUAUCAAUGCCCCUGAG